GGAGGAAAAACUCACUCUAGCUGUUCGCUUGAAUUAUAACGGGUUUUUUUUCUGAGAACAUGCUGUCUGUAUUCUACUGUUUCGUUCUCACCGUUUUGGCUUCCCUAAUACCAGAAGUACGAGGUAACUGCCGCAGUUUAUUGUUUACUACUUUUCCUAAACCUGGCUUCCGGUUGGAGAAUCACACGCUUCGAACUAUUGAAGUUGUUAACGAGGAUCUCUGCAGAUUCCAAUGCUACCUGGAACCUAACUGCGUCAGUUAUAACUUCUGUGAGAUAAAACGGUUGUCUGGAAAACAUGAGUGUGAUCUGAAUAACGCGACUAUUGAACAUGAUGAAGACCUGGUGAAAAACGAAAGUUACAUUUACCGCGGAGCAGAGAAUGCUUGUAAGAAAAAUCCUUGUAAGAAUAACGCAACAUGCCAAGCUGGGUUUACAGACAGAGACUAUCAGUGUUUGUGCGUGGAUGGAUCUGGAUUUAAAGGCCAUAACUGUGAUGAGGGGGGAUCGCUGUAUACUUUCAUAGCCGUUUCUGGAAGCCAGACUUUUGACCAGUUGAUUGUCCUUCGUUGGAUGCUUUUAUUUUUAGCAUUCGCCCUAAAACUCUGA